UCUGACCUCAUGCGUGGCGUCAACCCGGAACCAGGAAGCAGACAUUAAAUAUUUUUUCUAAACAUAGCUCGCUGGUGCGGAGCUGCGUCCUGUAUGCAGAGCAACAACAAACCCCUCACCUGCUACUACAAGAGCUCUGCAGGUGAGUCUGCAGCCGUCGUGGAGAUCGUCUUGCCUGCGGGAAAAUGUCGUGUGUGAAGGGAGGAUCCUGGACCUUUGCCGUAGCCGCAGUCGUGACCUUGUUCCUGCUGGAUGUUGUUGGUUUUGCACAGGCGAAGAACUUUGAGGAUGUUCGCUGCAAGUGCAUCUGCCCGCCAUACAGAAACAUCACUGGCCACAUAUACAACCGAAAUGUCUCCCAGAAGGAUUGUAACUGCCUCCAUGUAGUGGAGCCCAUGCCAGUGCCCGGUCAUGAUGUGGAAGCUUACUGCCUGCUGUGUGAAUGCAAGUACGAAGAACGAAGUAGCAACACUAUCAAGGUAACUAUCAUCAUUUACCUGUCUGUUGUUGGUGCACUGCUGCUCUACAUGCUGUUCCUGCUACUGGUCGAUCCUCUCAUUCGUAAACAUGACCCGUACACCCAGCCACUGCACAACGAGGAGGACUCUGAGGAGAUGCGCCCACAGGUGGACAAUGCCCAGGCCAGAGGAAACACAGUCCUGGAGCGGGUCGAGGGAGCACAGCAGCGCUGGAAAAAGCAGGUCCAGGAACAGCGCAAGACUGUUUUUGACCGCCACAAGAUGCUUAGUUAAACCCUACAGCUGACCUCAUGCCAGGUUUAGAGGAGGUUUCCUGGGAUCAGCGCUAUUACACUGUCACCAGCUGCACUAUCGCUAACUUCUUCGUCAUUGGACCCUUAACCACCCACCCACCCCAAGUAUUUCCUCACUUAGAAGUGUUUAAACAUCAAACAAGCAGAUCAUUUUAUUUAUUAUAUGUAAGGCUUUAGGCUAAGUUGCAGUUGUGAAAGAAACUGCAUGUUUUCACACUCUUAACUGCUCGAAAUCAGUUCAGCAAUUUGCAGUGCAACAAAUUCUGACUGUCUUGAUAAAGCAAGAACAAUUUUUGUCUAUUUACUCAAGCUGUGAACAGUUUUAAGCUUCCUCAUGAUUGUUUUUGUUUUGUUAGCUACUUGCUAAAUUUGUAUAAUAAGCUGCAUAAUUUAUGAAGUUACCUCAGAACAGGUAAACUCAAUGUAUUUGAUUGGUCUGUUUAGCUAUUUGGUUAGAAAUGGUACCUGUGCUAUUGCCAAGCAUUGCACAUUCCCUAGUUUAGCACUAAUAAUGAUUUUUUUUCCAAUAAUUCUUAUAUUAUAUAUUACAAUAAUUUUCUUUUAUUUGUCCCUCAUUGCCGUGAAUAGUCACCUGGGCAUACUUAGCAUCAUUUGCACUAAUAGAGUAAUUAAAGGACUGAAAAUUUUGGGCUUUGUGAUUUCAAAGCUUUGAUGUUUAAGCCCCAGUAUGUGCCUUUUUCUGUUUCUCUCCUUGCGUGGGUGAAUGUGUUAGUGCAAACUCCAGAACUUGUCUCUUAAAUGUUGGCAAAUCACAACUUGUAAAACAUAAUCAAUAGCUGCAAUAAGGCCACCAAGUACUAGAUAUAAAUUAAAGUCUUUCAUCUUGGAUUUACCAGUGGGACCUGAUUGGAAAAUAGUUUGCUCAGUGAGGUAGGCACAAAGCCGCAUUUGUCUCCUUUAUUUUGUAGUUUGAUGAAACAUACUUCCCCAUGCAAAGAGAGAAAUUGAGAAUGGGGCAUUUAACAGAGCUUUAAAGCCAUCUUUAGUUGAAUCAAAUCUCUGCCACUGGAGAAUGUCCUAAAUUGGUAAAGCUGCUGAUAAUGUGAUUAAGUGUGGCAGAAUCAGGAUGCCUCGUGGCUUUAAAGGGCCUUCAUGUGCAUCACUGUGUGUCAGUGGAUUCCUCCUCACGUCCGACUACUGAAGUUCAAUAUGAUAAAGAAAGGCACACUGACUCACAUUACCUCAUGCACAUUGUGAACUGCUGAUGUUUAUUUGUCUUUUAUGGUUUAUCACAGAAGUGUUUUUGAAUGAUUCAUUAUAAUUUCAUAUCACUGACAUCAGUGUUUUGUAUUUUAUAUUUACCUCCAGCCUAACUGGAGGAUUGCACUGCUCAUGUGUAUACAUUUGGCUUGAUGUGAAAUAAAAGAAAAAUACUCAAUUAUA